AUAAUUCGAGUAGUGAUAUAGCGGAAGCUCAUCAUUGAACCACCAAUAGCCCUUACCUAGCCAUGCCCAGUAAGCUACUCUUGCCCUUGUUGAAGCCCACACUCCGCUCCUUCCGUUACAUCCCCACUUCACUCAUUACGCUCCCCGCAUCCGUCGGCUUGCACUUCACCUCUCACCCGGCUCCCACUAUUUCAAACUAUGUAGUUUCUCCUACCACCAGCCCCCUACAUCUUCCCUUAAUCUUCACACUGGCAUCCAUCCCCAUAUUCUACCUGCUAGGUUUGGUGACUGGUAAGGUGAGCUGGGUCGACAAGGCGUGGCCGCUGUACCCUCCUGCCAUUUCUGCAAUGCUCUACGGAUGGGUUCUGGUUAAUCACGCUGGAGGAGUCUAUGCCCAUAACAUUCCAAGGGUCACCUUCAUGUUUGGUCUUCAACUCAUAUGGUCAUUUCGCCUAUUCUCUCAUGCUGUCAAAAGAGGCUUUUACAAUCCGAAAUCCGAAGAUUAUAGGUAUACAGUUUUCCGCAAGCUUGUCCCCCGUUGGGCAUUUGCCCUUGUCCACGCGUUUGCUGUGGCUUUCGCACAACCUAUACUGCUCAUGUCAUUGAGUCUUCCGCUUUACGCCGCACUUGUAUCCCCUCCUGCAUCCAAGCAGACUGACGGAUGGCGGACCCUCACAUUUGGGAACAUAUCACGACUCCUUCCCUCCCAUCUCCGAAAAGCUGUACCACCGCAUAUUGCGGUACUCAACAUGUCCGACUAUAUCAUGACCAUGGUCUCUUUGCUCAUCAUCUACGCUGAAUAUCAAGCAGACAAGAAGAUGUACCAAUUCCAACAAGGGAAACAUAAUAAGAUUUCAUCCCUGUCCAAGGAGCAACUUAUACACCCCCCUGUCCCCCAAUCUGGUGAAAGCCAGCCGCUUGUCCAGAAAGAAGGUUUACCGAAGCCUUCACCAUAUCCCGCUUCUCAUCACCCAGGUUUCCCAACACAAGGAAUGUGGCGGUUCUCUCGACACCCAAAUUUUGCAGCAGAGCAGUUGUUCUGGGUAUCUCAAGCUAUGUUUCCCGGGCUCUCAGGGAAGGAUAAUGGGAUCAGUGGUAAAGGGUGGUGGGCGGGCUGCGUCUUUGGACCUUGUUUCGCUUUGAGUUUGCUAUUCCUUUCGAGUACAACGCUUACAGAGUGGAUUACUGGAAUAAAAUACCCCGCGUUCAAAAACUAUAAAGGAAUUGUAGGAGAAUUUUUGCCACAAGAAACGUUAUUCAAGUGGAUCUGGACGAAGAUCACAGGCUCGAGAGAACGUCUGUAUCAAGCAGUUUACGGGCCUCCUCCGGGUGAGAAACAAGACUCUUCAAGGUUAAGAUAAUAAGCCCUAUGUGUCACUACCUUACUCUUUUCAGUCAUUACGGGAAACAGUGUAGAGGCACCAGUGUAUCAAAUGUUACAAGUAUGAUGAGGACGACUGCUCUGUGUUUCCGGUGCUCGCAGAUCUCUAUAAGUCGUUAACUAAUCAUGCAUCACAC